CAAUCGAUGAGUGCACUGCUCCGGCUACACCAAUCGAUGAGUGCACUGGUGGAGUGCAGCUGUGAUUGGCUGUUCCAACCUCCAAGACGCCUGUUGCUAUAAAUGCUUUAAAAUAUAGAAUGCUUUAAGGUCUUUGUUCGUCGGAAAAUUAAGAAGGAAAGAAAAUGGAUUUUCAUCCUAAAUUUGUGUUCCGCAAUGCAACCACUACUGAGCUGACUCUGAAGUCUUCAUUGGAAGCGUCUCAGCUGGCUAAAGCCUACAGGGCAAGGUCAGCUGCAGCCCAUUCCAUGAAGACGGAUGAGAAGGUGAAGGAGGAAGCCCGGGCACGCAUUGUUGAGGCUGGAGGCGACCCCGGGUGCUGGCAGCUGGUGCUUAGUGAGAGUAAGCUCCAGUUUGGCCAGUACCGGGGUCAAACUUUCAAAUGGCUGCUGAGCAACGACGUGGGCUACGCGUGCUGCACUUUGGCGCUGCACCAAAAGGAGCGGGACAGCGGUGAAACAUCUCAGUCGCCCCUUGCAGCCAACAAGGACGCCCUGGCAUCCUAUGCACAGCUCUUUCCUGAGAUGGUGGCAGCCAUCCAUGAUCGAGCUGUGCAGAUGGGCAUCUUGGGCAUCCAGGCGAUGGACAACAGAAUGGUGGGCUUCGGGGUUUAUGCGAAGGAGACCUACCGCAGUCUUUAUGAAAACCCCAGUAGGGAACACCAAACGUACUUGCAGUGGGUGAGGAGACAGCAAGUAAAUAAGGGGUCCCUCAUGCAUACCCUCCAGCAGUACGCCAUCGGCCGCGAUAACGAGGCCAAGGAGCGGCGCAGCUCAAGCCAAGAGGAACCGUCAGAUGCCAUGCUCCUUGAAGCUCUUGAGGAGGUGGAGUCUCAAUCUUCUACCUCACAGACGAUGGUAACACCACCACCACCACCACCACCACCUCCUGAGGCAGAGGCAGAGGCAGAGGCCAGACCUCAUUCUGCAGCCGGACACAGCUCCACGUCCCACCUGACCUCUGGAGCUGAGCUGCUUCCAAAAUCCUGGAGGCAGACCCUGCCCGAGGACCAUCACGACUGGGUGGGCCGUGCGCUGUUUGUCCGAGGUCCUAAAGGGAAGGCGGUGCUCACAUCAAAACUGCAGCUCUGGUGGUACCCACCCACUACACCAAUUUACUUCACGCAACCCCCUGCAUCUCCAAGCGCAUUUUUUUAUAUGCGCUUGUUUUUGUGGUGCCCAUACAAAAUGUGGGGCUACAAACUCUUGUGCCCCACAUGUAAGCGACGGCUUACCGGGGGGGGGCUGUAUAAGACUGUAAGGAAGGUGCUGGAUAUCAGCAGCUGGUAUCUCAUGGCCACCGAAUACCUCGAGUGCCACACGUGCAAGAAGAAGUUUGCCUCGUGGGCACCAGCGCUGCUUGACCAGAUGGACAUGGCACACCGAGAAAAAUUCCCCGCCAUCCUCACUUACAAGUUAUCCUGUGACAAAAGUCUGGUUGCACAUUUGAAGGCACGCACCCUGGGCAACAGCACCACUCGGCUGCAUUCCACGUUGCUGGAGGAGCACACCCGGAAAUGGGCGUGUCAGUCCAUUGAGUACUUGGCCGUGAUGAAACAAUUUAGCUGCGCCGGAACCUUCCUACUGCCCAAGGUGGCCGUCCCGCCCAUGUGCCAGUUACCCAGCGUGUCCUGGCUCCUGUCAGUGUACGUCAGGGAGGUGCUUCCUCGCCUGGAGGACACAAAAGCCAGGAUCACGUCAACAUUUGGCCAGAUAUUAAAGAUGGACUCCACAAAGAAGAUGACCAAGAAGCUGGCCGGUGAAGCCGCUGGAACAGCAGCAUGGGUCACCAACGUGGGCAACGAGUACGGCCAGGUGCUCAUGUCGGUGCUCACUGCCGCUGAAGGGGACGGACUGGUGGCCAUGGCUGACGGACUCAUUCGGCGCUACAGGGAGGCAAGGCAGGACCCUCCACAAGUGCUGUAUGUAGACCGCGACUGCUGCGCCACCGGGCCAUCUAAGGUGGCGGCAAUGUUUGGCGAGUGGGAGCAGCUGGUGGUGCGGCUAGACGUGUGGCACCUCAUGCGGCGCUUCGCCAGAGGCGUCACCACCGAUGCGCAUAUCCUGUACGCCACAUUUAUGGCGCGGCUCUCCUUUGCCAUUUUCGAGUGGGACGAGGGCGACGUGACGCGCCUCAGGGAAGCCAAGCAGGCGGAGGCGGGGCACAGGCACAGCAGCUACGUUAAGCUGUCGGCCAGGGAGCUGUCCCGUCACUGCCGUCGCCGCACCAGAGGGGCAGAGGAGACGGAGCGGCUGAUCCAAGAGGUUCUGGACCACUUUUGGGAGGCCAAGGACACAAUGGGUGUCACCCUCUUCAAUAAGGAAAGCAUGACAGAAAUUUGGGAGACGCAGCGACGCCACCUGCACUGCAUCCAGGACCCGCCCGGCGUGGCUCUCUAUACCAGGACCGGCAAAGUGACCAGAGGCGGGGUUACUCUGCCUGUGUUGCGUUGUGCGCGAGGAUCCACGUCUCUUGAGUCUUUCCACCUCCAUUUGUGUCGAUUCAUUCCAGGAACAUCAGCCAAUGCCCUCCACUUCCAGGUUUACCUCCUGGAGGGCUUGUUGAGGUGGAACGAGGACAGAGGCAGAGCGGCGGUGGUAGAGUCGGCCAGCACUGCAACGGUGCGCUGCUAUGACGGCCGUCUGCAGAACGCCUUCCAUGAAUUGACUCAGCAUUUCAUGGGUUGCACGCUGAUGGACAAUUUCACCCCAGCAGGCAACUACACAGGGGAGCUCAUCGGUAUCGAGUACUUGUACUCCCAAACGGGCAGGGUGCUACAAUGUAAUGUCAGCACUGAUCCCGACUGCCCCGAAGUGGCCAGCAGCCAGGUGGACGAGGAGGAUGACACAGAUGUGGAUGAGUUGGAUGAGGGCUACGAAGAAGCAGCGCUGGGAGACGUACUGUACGCUGCCGAGUUGCCCGCCUGGUUUGACAACACUCAGCACAUCACCGCACCUGUAGAGGAAGAAGACGUGCUAGGUCCAGACGGGCAUGGCGGGUACCAGCAUGUCUGCCGUCUGGCCGCUGCCCUCCUCCAGCUGCGAACCGCCCUGUUUGUGUCACCUCCGCAGGAGCGGACGAUAGUGCAGCUGUGGGGGAAGAUGUCGGACAGAGAUAGGGCUCCUAUCGACUUUCCCCCACUUUACCGGCCGAAGCUGGUGAAAGGACGGUUCAAGAAAAGCAGACAACACCUCUUACCAGGGGUGGACAGUGUCAACCGCUUGGUCGUGGGGAAGGGCACUGAUGUGGCACACUGUCCAAGCUCCAGCAGGCUGAUGGAGGCCAUAUUUAUAGAACUGUGCAACCUCCACAGCCAAGGACAUAAUAUAGCUGGAUUUCGGAUCAACCGCUGGGGACUGGUUAUGCAAGAUUAUAAUAGGAUCAAGAGUCACGUCCGCAUGAAUCGAGUCAUCACAGCGGCUGGUCCGAUCCAGCUAUUGGAGGUUAACCACCGCACGCUGACCAACUGGCAAGGCUUUUGUCAUAAAAUGCAGGGACCGAAGAUAAUAGCUGUGAUGAUGACAACAACGGUGCUGAUGUUGAUUACAUACAGGUACAACAAGCGGAGCAAAGCGGAGCUCGUGGACACCGUCGUCGCAUCAGUGCCACUUCCAAGUGCAGAGCGGACGGUGGGAGAGCAGCUGCUGGCAGUGAAGGAGAAGAUGGUGGCGGUUGAGCAACCGAGAAAGCCAUUCGACUACCAACACCCAGCCGACAACUCUGGCCUGGCGGCGACACGGAGAGGGCCUGUCGUGCCAGAGUUGUACGCGGUGCGCCAAACUGCUUCCACCUCUGCUGCGGCUUCCGCCUCCACUGCUGCCCCCGCUGCUCCCUGUGCCGCCUCCGCUGCUCCCUCCACCUCUGCUGUGACCUCUACGUCUUCUGCUGCCUCCUCUGCGGCCGAGGCAUCUGCUCCUGCUUCCUCUGCCAGGGUGUCCUCCUCUACAGCUUGGUCCAGGAAGAAGAGGGAGUUGGAGCUGGAGCGAGCCUACAGCCUGGGUCAGCUUUUCCUAAAAAAGACCCCUCGGAAAAUGGAGCAUUUUCGCUGCAAGCUCUGUGGCUUUCCAAAAAACAAAGAGCACGGCCACAGUCGCUACAGGAAUGAACAUUUUUGCUCCCGAUCCGAGGGGCGCUCGGUGGAUGAUUGGCUCAAUGAAAAAAGGAGCCAGGACAAUCAAAGAAAGACGCAAACAAAACAAACAAAGGAGACUGUCCACCUGCGCCCGCUGAAGCCCAGGUCUCCCCCUGAGAGUGGUCUUUGAGCACUUUGGAAUGUUUAAAU